UUGUUUUGUUUUUUGUUGUUGUUGUUUUGUUAUUUUGCAAAGCCAAGCUGCAACUUGCAUUGGUUCUAGAAAGAUCGAGGCAUCGUGCCGCCAUGAAGGAAAGCAGCAGCCUUGAGAAACUUCUGGGCUCCUGAACUGCCGGUCUGGUCACUGAGGGCAGCAUCACCUCUGUCCCUUCCAACGUGUUACCCUAUGCGUCAGUUGUAUAAUUCAGUUUUACACUUCUGCACUUUGCAUGCUCCACACUCGAGCAGUAAAACGUUACUCCGACGAUGGCCAGGCUGCCCGCCCCGUCCCCGCGCUUCCCGCCUUCGGCCGUACCGCCGCCCCGACCCGCUCCCGCCGUCACUUCCGCCGCUCCCCGGCAACGGCCCGCUAUGGUAAUGGCGCCGCUCCCUCCCGCUGCCCCGGGACGGGAACGGCGCUGGGGAGGGCUGAAGUGGAGGAAACCCUAAAAAGGAUUCAAGCCCACAAAGGGGUCGUGGCGACUAUGGUUGUCAAUGCAGAAGGAAUUCCAAUAAGAACAACUCUUGAUAACUCGACAACGGUGCACUACACAGGUCUUCUUCAUCAGCUCACCAUGAAAGCGAGGAGCACAGUGAGAGAUAUUGAUCCUCAGAAUGAUCUAACCUUCCUCAGGAUCAGAUCAAAGAAACAUGAAAUCAUGGUAGCUCCAGAUAAGGAGUAUCUGCUGAUCGUUAUCCAGAACCCAUCCGAAUAGACCCAGCAGGGCGUUAUUUUCAGACAGCGACGCAGCUCUUCUUGUUAAGCUAACCCUCCUUACUGAUAUUUAGCAUCAAACACAGCACUAAUUUUACACAAUGUAUAACCGCUGUGACUGAAAGCGCUGCCAGUUUAAUAUUCUGUCGUAGCUGUAUCAGUUUGUGUUUGAGCAAUUCAGAAUGCAAGUAUCAAAGUAUUGUUUGCCUUCAUAUUCUGAUGGACAGUAAUAAAGCGAAAUGCUUAAACUGUGA